AGUGCUGGCAGCAGAACGAGAACAGUUGAGCAUCGCACCGCGCGCGCAAUCUCCGCGUUGUGGCCGACUUUCUGAUGAGUGUUGCUAGCCCGGUUUGCGUGCGGUAGCCGACUCAUGCCCGCGCAGGUGUCUCGGCCCCUCACAAUGCAAAGUGCGGACGGGACCGACAAGGAUAAGCUCCUGCAGCGGUCCCUGCAGAACGUGGCGCUGUCCCUGCAGAACGCCAUGAUGACUUCCUUGCAGCAGGCGGCGCUCCUGCCACCCAACUCUGCGGCCGCCGCGGCGCUCAACCUACAGGCCCUGGAGUCAUACCUCACCCUGCAGAGACUGCAGGCGUCCAGCGUCGCGACGACCAACGCCGUCUCCAGCCCGGCGCUUGACGUCCUUAGGAUCGCGACCACGUCCUCCAGCGCCAAGCCGGACGACAAAGCAUCUCCAGCCAGUUCUCCGGGGUCCCUAGACGCCGUGGAAGGGGACGAUGUGCUGGGUGUACUGGACGACGAUGACGAGGACCUGGCCCCCACCGCCCCCAGCAAGGCGCCUCCACAGCAGUUUCCAGCCUACCCUUCGUUACUCAUGAACGCCAUGUAUCACCACCAGGCGGCAGCAGCGAGCAGCAUAUUGUUACAGCAACAAGCAGCGUCUACAUCCGUCACGACGCCAGUCACAUCCACAGCGACCGUGUCCAGGUCUGAAACGAGGGCGUCCACAUCGGCUUCGCGCCCCAAGAAGCAGUUCAUCUGCAAGUUCUGCAGCCGCCAGUUCACCAAGUCCUACAACCUGCUGAUCCACGAGCGCACGCACACGGACGAGCGGCCCUACUCGUGCGACAUCUGCGGCAAGGCGUUCCGGCGCCAGGACCACCUCAGGGACCACAGGUACAUCCACUCAAAGGAGAAGCCGUUCAAGUGCGGUGAGUGUGGCAAGGGGUUCUGCCAGUCGCGGACGCUGGCCGUGCACAAGAUCCUGCACAUGGAGGAGUCCCCACACAAGUGUCCGGUGUGCAGCCGCAGUUUCAACCAGCGCUCCAACCUCAAGACACACCUGCUCACGCACACCGACAUUAAGCCCUACAAUUGCUCUGCGUGCGGCAAGGUGUUCCGGCGCAAUUGCGAUCUGAGGCGUCACAGCCUUACGCACAACCUGGGGGCGGCGUCCACCUCCACCCCGACGCCCGGCACCUCCGGCCUGGCUCUCGUGUCUCCGAGUUUCAGCAUCGACUCAAUCAUGAGCGCGAGCAGCAAGUAGGGGACCUCGCCCCGCGGCGUGGCGGCAGUCGCGCGACCUCCUGCCGGGCGUCGCAAUCCCGGGCGAGCGGCGAGCCGCCCCGGAAUCUAAAGACUGUAUUGCACUGUGCUGAUAUUAUUCUGUUUGUUUCUGCGUUUGCAAUAAAACACUACACGUUCA